UUGAACACAAAGUAGAGUCACACCAUUCAUGUUUUCAUAUAUGUACUUAGGGUGAUGACAUCCGUCUCAUUCCACUGUCUUUCACAAGGGCUUUUUAAACAUGAAAAAUUUUAAACAUGCAAAAGUAGAGUGAAUAGUACAUUGAACCCUUAUGUAUUGAUCACCCAGAUAUAGCAGUUACCAAGAUUACGACCAGUUCCUUCAUAUAAUUCCAUUUCUGUUGAUAAACUAUUUAAAAACAAAUACCAAAUAGCAUGUCAUUACUCUUCUGUGUUCUUCAGUAAGCAUUUCUAGGAAAAUAUUGUCAUCAUCUUACAUAAAACAACAAUGCCAUUGUCACAUAUAACAAUAUAAGCCAUGAUUCCCUGGCACCACCAAAUACCCAGGCCAAACCAAAGUGCUCUGAGGUCAAUAAAGUCUUUGGACAGUAAUUUGGUUUUAAUUAGGAUCCACAUGAAGUCUACCCAUCACAUCUGGUGGCUGUGUCUUUAUUCUCUCUGAGCCUAGAGCAACCACCCCUCUUCUCUCCCCAACCCUUUCUCCAUGUAUUUGAUUCUACCAGACAACUGACCCAAAACUGGGUCAGUUGUCUGGUAGAAUAUUUGCCUCUGACUUUGGUGUCAUUUAACUUGUUCCACUCACCACCAAUGUAAGCCUCGCCUCCUAUUUUGAAUGUAUCUGAGGCUAGACGGAUGGCUGCGUUAACAUAUGCCACACAGAGCACAGUGGGGAAAGCAAAGACCUGGAGCAGAGUUACCGGUGGUCAGCAUCCACGUGAGGGUUUGACCUAAGGUCCAUGUUAAGGGGAUUGCAUCUGCUGGAACUCAAAAAUAGUUUAGAAACAAAGAUCCUGUAUCAGAAGUCAGUAGAGAUACUCAGGGUACCAAAUUCCAGCAGAUGAAUCCCCAGACUUACUUCAAGUAACUGACUUAGCAGCUUGAAAGGGACUUUGCCAAAGUUGAAGGCCCCCAAAUCCUUGUGUGCUGACAGUGGUUUCUCUGAUGUGGUAAGCUUUGGUUUCCCUCUGUUUUCUCUCUAAGUGAUCACCAGAGGAGAGAGGAGUUAAACAGACACAGUCUACUCCUUGAGUGACUUCCAUAUAACAAACCAGGGUCAGCAUGUUUGACUUUGUCCUUUUCUAAAAUAAAGUUAAAGAAAGUUUGGGAAAUAAUGGCUACUUUCUGUCAUUGAUAUGAUUUAAGAAAUCUGGAAAUAAAUAAAAGAAGCAUGGUUCUUUGUAUUUUCACUAUAGGCAGAAAGCAGCAGCCUGUAUAUUAUAUUUGAAAUAAGCCCGACUUCUAUCAAUGUAUUGAAUGAUUGUCUACAGUAUUAGUAUGGAACAGUGUGAAUACUCUCUAAUUCACACUCAAAAAUGUAAUAGUUGAACUUUCAGUUUUGUAAACUUUCCAUCCCAGUAAUAGGGUUUGGCUGUUAUCAUAUGUGAACUUUGUAUUUCAGCGCCAAUUUCUUGGGACCACGAUUGAAGGCUGCUGUGCCUGCUGAGGCAGCUGAGGUAGGGCUGCCCAGGCCCCGCAGAGUGAGCUGCUGCUGAUAGGACAGGAGAGGUGGCACUUGGGCUUCUCAUCCGGGAAUGCCUGUCCUACCCACCUGCGUGUGGGAAGAUCUGGAUUUCAGGAGGCCCUGGAUGAGCUCACCACCUCCGAGUUCCUGUUGCGCUCCCCUCUCCCAGCUGGAGUUCCGUUCCCAGACUGUCUUCAUCAGUGGCUUCCGAAACCGCAUUCAGCUGUGAUGGGCCUCGCUGAUGUGGUUCACUAGGAACAACUGGGCUCUUUCUCCUGCCUGCAGCUGGCUGUCUCUCCUCACCACCGCACCCAGCAUUACAUUUUUAAUCCCUUCUCUGUUUUUUUCCCAGAGGAAGUCCCAGAAGUGUCCCUCUGGGGUCCUUGCAGAUGCACUUCCACUGUGCCACACUAACAGUGAUGCUACUCAGUUCAGUAUCCUGUUCAUCUAGCUUGUGUGCUGAAGGGGAUGAGGGCGGGUUAACAUCUUGGGGCAGGUGGGGAUGCAGAGCUGACUCAGCCCUUCUGAACAACUGCUGCAGAAGGCCACUGUGGCAUUAGGGGGACACAUGACCAAAGAAAGCAAUAGGAGUCAUAGGAAGAACUGGUCUCUUUCUCUCUGAGGGAGAAGGGGUAGACUCAGGGUGCAGCUAAAGUUUGAAUCUUAGGUAAUCUUGGUAAUCAAGCUGAUUAAAAUUUGCUGUGAUGAUUUGUUUUUAAUUAACAGGUAAUAACUAUAUCUGUGGGGUACAGUGUGAUGUUUUGGUAUAUUUAUACAUUGUAUAUUGAUCAACUCAGGAUGCUUAGGUUCCCCAUCAUCUCAAAAAUCUAUCAUUAUUUUAUUUUGGGAAUGUUAAAAAUCUUCUGUUUUGAAUUUUAUGAUACAGUACUGUUAACUGUAAUCACCCUCUGUGUAAUAAUUCACCAGAACUUUUUCCUGUCUGGCUAGGAGUAAAUAAGAUGUUGUCAUCCAGUUCAGUAUAUUUUCCUACCAGGAAUGGAAAUAUGCACUUACUUUAAAAUACCAAGGACAGCAGAGAUGGUGAGGUGGUUACCUCAUUUUUUUAAUGGUCCAAGAAUUUAGGUUUCGAGGAAAUCGACCAAUUUAGCCACUAAACAUUUAAUACAACAUACAGCUAAGCAGAUCUGUUUUGAUUUGCUUUGAAGGCUAAAGGGGCUGGGGGAGGAGAUAUUAAUCCUGAGAGUUGAACAGAACAAAAAUCCUGAUAUAGUAGACCAUCCCUUACACCUUGUUUAGGUGUUUCAUACACACAUAUAUCCCGUGCCCCAAAUGAGCCAACAUAGGGCCUAUGUUACCUUCUCUGCCCCCUCCUAAUUCUUUUGUCCUAGUCCUAAAUGGAUCAUAAUCCUUCCUUCCAGAUGUUUCCAUUGCUGGCCCUGAUGUGUUCUCUCACAGAAUCAUAGAGAACUUUGCUUUUUUUUUUCUUUUUUUCUUUAUUACAUGACCUUCAACUUUUCCUAACACAUCAUUAAGGGUCUAACAGAGGACUGGGGAUGUGGCUCAAGCGGUAGCGCGCUCGCCUGGCAUGCGUGCGGCCCGGGUUCAAUCCUCAGCACCACAUACAAACAAAGAUGUUGUGUCCCCCGUAACUGAAAAAUAAAUGUUAAAAAAUUAAAAAAAAAAAAAGGGUCUAACAGAUGGAACAAUUCUUGAAGUGGGAACCUUUGCCCUAUCUCUAGUGUUGCCCAGCAUUCGCCUGAACUUUACCGUUGCUGGGUGCGUGCCCCUUGCUCAACUGAAGCAUGUUUCCUUGAGAAGAAGGAUCCUGGGACAGGCUUGCUGGGUGCACCCCACUCAGUGGUCUGUAGGCUAGUGAUGCACUGGAAUGCCCGAGAGUGAUCUCAUAAAGCCAAGAUUCCCUCAUGGACCCUUUUCUGCUGCCUCUUGGAAUCCAGACACCAAGGGGAUCUCUAAGUAGAGAUUUUUUUGAUUAGCCAUAAAAGCAAGGAAUAAAAAAUUGAAAAAUUUUAAAAUGUCUCAGGCCAUUUACGAAGAUGUGCCACCAAAUUCUACUUCCAGUUCGCUGUUUGGUGCUGCAUCACAGGCGUUCUGUGGGAGAUGCAGGAAAUUUAAGUAAAUAUUUCUAUUUCCGUUGUUAAGAAGCGUGUAAAGGGCAGGGUGCAGGAGGAAAGACCAUCAAUGUCAGGCAUUUGUGAGGAGAGUCAUAAGGAGUCAUCUCUUUCAGAUAAUUAUGAUUAGCACCGUCUCUUUGAAUGCCUUUCUAACAGUCUUGUGGACCAGUUAUAAAAUAAGAUACCGCUUGUACAGAGUUUUUGAGAUCUCAGAGAUCAUCUUUGUGUCCAUCUGCACCUCCGAGUUUGCCAUGAAGGUCUACGUAGACCCCAUCGACUACUGGAAGGAUGGUUACAACAUGUUGGAUGUGUUCAUCCUCAUCAUCAUCUUCAUUCCCUAUCUGCUCCGAAAGAUCAAGGGCAAACACUACCCCUACCACAACAUCGCCGAGGGCAUACAGUCCCUGCGCAUCCUCAAGCUCAUCCCCUAUAGCCGAGGCAUCAGGACGCUCAUCAUUGCCGUGGGGCAGACUGUCUACACCGUGGCCUCUGUGCUCACCCUCCUCUUUGUCCUGAUGUACAUCUUUGCUAUCUUGGGCUUCUGCUUGUUUGGAAUUGUAGAGAACGGUGACCUGAAUAACUGGGGGAGCCUGGCGUUGUCUUUCUUCACCCUCUUCAGCUUGGCCACGGUGGAUGGCUGGACAAACCUCCAGGAACAGUUGGACAUGCGGAAUUUUACUCUGAGCCGGGUGUUCACCAUUGCCUUCAUUUUGCUUGCCUCCUUCAUCUUUCUCAACAUGUUCGUGGGGGUGAUGAUCAUGCACACGGAGGACUCCAUCAAAAAGUUUGAGCGGGAACUGAAGCUGGAGAGGCAAGUCACCCUGAUGGAGGAGAAGCAGGUGAUUCUGAAACGGCAGCAGGAGGAAGUGGACAGGCUGAUGAAGACACAGAGCAAUGUUGGCAAGAGUUUCAGUGAGUUGGUGGAGGACUUCAAGAAGACUCUGCGGCACACUGACCCCAUGGUCUUGGAUGAUUUUGGCACUAGCCUACCCUUCAUUGAUGUCUACUUAUCCACUCUGGACAACCAGGACAAUACUGUCAACAAACUUCAGGAGCUGUACUACGAGAUCGUCAACGUGCUGUGCCUGAUGCUCGAGGACUUGCCCAAGGAGAAGUCCCAGUCCUUGCAACGGCUGGAAAAGAAGUAGCUGGAGCCCUGGGGGUCUUGCCGACCGGGAGGGACCUCAUUAA